AUGUCGUCAAGAAAGAAAACGUUAUUAAAAGUGAUAAUACUAGGGGAUUCGGGCGUUGGCAAAACAUCCCUUAUGCAGCAAUUUGUCAAUAACAAGUUCAGCCAGCAGUACAAAGCCACCAUAGGCGCCGACUUUUUAACCAAGGAGAUCCAAAUAGACAACAACAAAUCAGUCACUUUGCAAAUUUGGGAUACUGCCGGCCAAGAAAGAUUUCAAAGUUUAGGAGUCGCUUUUUACAGAGGAGCUGAUUGCUGCGUGUUGUGCUUUGAUGUUACCAAUGAGAAGUCGUUGAACAACUUGACGAGCUGGAAAGAUGAGUUCUUGGUGCAGCUGAAUGUAUCCAAUCCGCAAGAUUUCCCCUUCAUUAUAAUCGGCAACAAGAUUGACGUUGACGAUUCUAAAAAGAUCCCAAGUUUGCAAAAGAAAUUGCACAACAUCACGCAUAAUCAGUUGGGCGGCUUGAAUUACCCCGUGUUUGAAACAAGCGCGAAGGAUUCAGUGAAUGUUGAAGCUGCUUUUGAAGUUGUUGCUAAGAUGGCGUUGCAACAGGAAGAGUUGAAUGCCGCCAACGGCGGCGAUGUAAAUGAUGAUUACAAUGAUGCUAUUAAUAUUCAUUUGGGGUCUGAAUCAAGCUCUUGUUGUUAG